AAAUAGGUUAAUCUGAAUGAGACAGUUCCACCCUCUGCUGCUCACAAGACUGCAGCAUGUGAUAUCGAUUAGAGAAACACAGGAGCCUGUUCCUGCCAUGGCUUCACUGCUAAAGAUGGAGGCAUAGCUGAAUAAAACACUUUGAGUUGUGUUAGGACUGGAUAUUCUCGAGGGGUCCUGGGGGAGAAAACCCUCACCUACCAAAUGGUGGAGUUGACACUUUACCCAACUUUUCAACGAGAAGAGGAAUCAGGAAGUUAACAAUUGAUCUGAUUCCUGUCCUGGACUGACGAGACGAGGCCCAAACAUGGUGCAUGUGUACAACUGCCACCCUUACUCCUCACAACAGAUAGUUCAGGUGGAAAAGGAGCCUGGACUGGUCUGCUGUGGGGGUGGAGCCUUGUUUGUGGUGGCUACUGGAGGAUGCAAGGUGGAGGCUUACAGUGUGGUGCAGGAGGGCUGCCCUCUCAUCUGUCGCUUUGCCACCAUGGGCACUGUGAGGAACAUCCAGCACAGCAAGAUAGGAGAUUACCUUGUGACUAUUGAAGAAAAGAACAGCGCCACAUAUCUGAGAGCUUACACCAACUGGCGCUACCAGGCGGAGGAGAAGGCCCGUGUUGGUGUGCGUUUGCUGGGCCACCUUCUACGUGGUGCGUCUGUGCGAGGUGGGGUGCAGAUGGAGAUCAUUGAGAUCCCUCUGUCAGAGCGUCCCGUUGCAGUAGCGUGCUGCUCAGUAACAGGAGACCUCCUGGUCGGCUGUGAGAACACUCUGGUUCUGUUCACUUUGAGGAGACAGAACCAGCAGAGCCUGCAGAACCAGAGUCAGCAGAUCGUUCAGAGCACCUGGCCAAACACUCAGCAGAGCACCAGUCAGAGUCAAGGUCAGACUUCAAGUUCAAAUCAGACCAUUUCCAUCCUAGAUUUUGAGCGCUCAGUUAUCCUUCAUCUUCCAAUUAUCAAGCCUAAACAGGUGUCACUGUGUGGAGGAUUUGUGGGCGUACGGACAGAGCACGAAGUUUUAGUCCUGAAAUUGGAUGCAUCCACAGAAUCUCAGACCCUGGAUGAAUCAACAGACACAAUAGAUCCUCCAGAAGACCAGGCUGACUUUCUGGUCUUGUCGAUUCACCAGGAGUUGCUCGGUGAUCGCGCAAAAGAGUGCGACAUCCCUGUCAGCAUCGAAAAGACGGGGCUGGAGGACAGAGGACAAUACACACUAAAAUAUGUUCUCUUCAGGCGCUUCAGUCCAGAUUACUUCCAGGGCUGCAGUGAGGAAGAGACUCACCUCCACUCCCUACAGCUCUACCCGCUGUUCACAAGUAACCAGUCAGCGUCUCUGGAGGAACCAGCAUGCGUGUUCUGCUUCUUUUCCCUCCCUACUGCGGGCUACCUGUACAGUCUGAAAGGGGGUGUCGAGCUUCUCUCAGCCUAUCAGUAUCCAGAGAAGGUCAUGGAGGCGGUGCUGACCGACCACCUGUUGCACGUUAUCACAAAGAAUGCACUUCAGUGUUUCACUGUGCGUUUGGCUGCUGUUGCAGCAAGGAUUGAGGACCCUUACAUCGAUACCACCAUGAAGGCCUGUCCCCCCUCAAACCUGGAGGUGUGUGCGCUCAGAAUGCAGCUGUUCAUUGGUCUCCGGUCGUUGUGUGUUUACCGCCGCCAUGUUAUCCUGCUCUCUACUGCCGAUGCAGAGACACCAGAGGAGACGGAACGCUACGCACAGCGCAGGGGCCUGACCAGGAAGUGGGCCUUGUCUUCCUCCAAAGGAAUCAGCGCAACAGGACACGGCUGGAACAUCUACGUGAUCGACACCGUCUCCCCUCUCUCUCUGUACCAAGAGAUGAUUGAAUACAGUCAGCGGUAUGCAGAGUCAAACCCACAAGCACAAAGCCUUCGUCACCUCCUCAGUGAAGCUCACCUCCUCCUCCGCGCCUCUUUACUCCACACGCCAGAGCAGCUACAGGACAGCGAGGACUACCUGGUGGUGUCUCUGCAGAGGGACGGACCUGCUGAGAGACGUCCAGCUGCACAGACCGAGAGUGAGGAGCUGGAGGAGGCUCUGAGGCAGAACUGUGCUCAGCUGGGAGACUGUUUCAGCAGCGGCAGUCAGAAGGAUUGCCACUUGGCUUUGCCGUAUUACAGGAUGUCAGGUCUGCCAGUCACAGAGGUCAUCGCCAGGAACCGCCCUCUUCCCUGCAGCCCACAUUCGUACGGCCCCGGCUUCCUGUUUUACCUGAAGCAUUACCUGUUGGAGGAAACAGAGCAGAGUCUGAGUCAAGAAACUGCUGAUGAGGUCAUAGACAUUUUUAGCCAAUCAGAGCCCUCACAGCUCAUCAGUGUGUGUGCCAGCCCGCCUAUGACAAACAUCAGCCCAGCCAGGACGCUGCAAAUCUUACAAAACCUGGAGGAUACAGCCGGCGUGUCGGUUCCACUAACAAUCACGAUGGCAACCAUGAUGCUGCUUAUGGAUGACCUGCUGCAGUACACACAGCUGAUGGAGAGACACGCUGAGAUGCUGCUGGUGUACGGGUUCAUCGAGGAGCCGAGGAUUUUGGUGCACGGCGGAUGCGGAGGCCAACACGCACACAUCCGACCCACAGCGCUGACACACCAGUUGGCCAAGUCCCAUCCAGGACUGCUGGUGGCUGCUAUGGUGGCUUUACAUGAAAACAACAAAGUUCAGCUUGAGCAGGCAGAUCACAUAUUCAAGGAGCUAGGCUGUGAGAACUGCCUACAGGUGGAUUUCUGGGAGGCGAUGCUCAUGGCCUCCUCACAGGAAGCUGUCAUCCAAGAGCUUCUGUUCAGGCUGGCAUCUGUGUACAUCGACAGGCUGAGCAACACACAAUCGGAUACAUACUCUGAACCAUCGCACACAUUUCCUCGACGCAGGCCGCUGAAGAAUGCUGAUGAUCUGAUCAACUCAUGCUCCCAUUAUGGCGCUCUGUACCCGUGGCUUACUGUUCUCAAUCCAGUUCACACUACAAGCUUCCAACACCAGGAGGCGCUACACAAACUGCAGUCUCUCCUGUGCGGUCCUUCGCUCUCUGUAGACUCCAUCGUUCCUCUGUUGGAGCCUCUGUCAGAGGAAACCCUGUGGGGCUUCAGCCUGCAUCUCCUCUGUGCCACCAGAAGGGGGCAGUAUGGCAGCGGCAUUGAAAAGCUGCUUGACAGAUGUCCUCAAGCUAUCAUAGCGUAUGCCAAUCACCAGUUACAAGACAAGAAUAUGGUGCUGUGGUGGCAGAAACUGCUCCCAGAGCUUUGUAACAGAACGAGGGCGUCUGCAGACAACAGCAUCUUAUUGGCUGCUCUUAAAGAGACGCUAGUUGUGGUUGCCAUGGAGACGAGCCCUGCGCAGUUCUUGGAGUUGAUGCCUGAUGACGGCACUGCCUCCUACUUCCUGCCUUACCUGUUGACAUGCAGCCAGAGGCACCUGAUGGCUUGAUACACACACACAUACACAAAGCAGCACUACAGCCCUUAAAACAGACAAUCAUAUAAACUGCAAGGUUAACCAAACAACAUCAUUUAUUAAAUGAUUCUGCAAUACAAAACAUCUGUGCAAAAAUGUUCAGAAAAAUACAAAGACAAGGCCUCUCUUGGUCAAAAGGAUGAGCAUGUAAACCUUCUGUUGUCGUUACACUGUUACUGAAAUAUAGACGCAUUUGUAUUUCAUUUUAGUAAAAGUUGAACUUAAAUGAAACAAAAACAGAAUAUCAUGUUUCUUUUUUAAUUAGACUUGAUAAAGUUUCACAGUCUUGUGUAGCAGUGGUUUUAGUACACAUCAAUCUCUUACAUGCUUGAGAGUCAGACGCCAAGGUAGGAAGAAAAGGUGAAGGGCGGAGACAACAGACUUUUAAAUAAACAACUCAAAAUGA